AUGGCGUUUGCUGGGACAAAUAUCAGUUUGUCCCAGCCGGAUAUCACGCAGAAACUAACGGAGCGCAUAGACGACCUGAAGCAAAAGAUUGCCGCUUGGGGGAAGCGGAUUCGCCGAUUUACCGAGAGGUCAAGGCGGUUCAACCAGAAUCGUCUCUUCCAGAGUGAUCAGAAGAGGCUCUACAAAUCAUUGGAGCGACCAGAGGUAUGUGGAGCGGGCCCAGGACCGGAUCAGGCUAACACUGUCGCAUUUUGGCGUGGCCUGUGGUCAGAGCCCGUAAACCACAGCGAGGGCCCUUGGACGGAAGUUGUGGCGAGUCAGUGUGCGAGUAUUACGCCCAUGGACCCCGUCAUCAUAACGCCGGAUGACGUAGCUGAGGCGGUCCGUAGAGCCCCGAACUGGAAAAGUCCGGGACUCGACGGACUGCAUCACUACUGGCUGAAGGGGUUCAUGGUGUGUCACGCUGUGCUCGCCCGUCAGUUUCAAGAGGCUCUCAACCAGAAGUCGCUCCCAAGCCUCUUCACUACUGGGAUCACUCAUUUGGUUCCUAAAGACCAGAUGUGA